CACAUUCUGGUCACAAUCUCCACCAUCUCUCUUGGUUUCAGCAGUUGACGUUUGAGAUUUUUGCGCACGCGUUCAUCUUUCCACCGAUUUCUCCGAUACAUGAAUGUCAACUGGGAGGUGGAUGAAGGUACCAUGUAGUGUCCAUAUUAUUUCCGUGAAUAAACUCGAAUGCAUUGCUUGUGACAGACCUGUUCACAAACGCUACACGAUGUUUUUUGAAAUUAUAUUAUGAUGUAGGUUAUAGCCUACUGCAUUCUUGUGCAGAUGUCAAAUGAUUAUUUCAUUUAAGGGCUUAUCCAGGCUGCUGUCACUAUUCCACCGACCAAACAGCACAAUCGAACAAAACCUACGUUAAAACGUUGGGUCGUUUGCUGAACAAGUGUCCGUACUUUGUACGGUAAUGUAAGCUACAAUGAGAAAGGCAUUCUUAAAACAUGUGAAACGGUUUCCGUGGGUAACCAACGUAACCCUCUAUGGCUGCUUAUUCGCCGGUGGAGACGUCGUCCAUCAGUGGUUUACUAGAAAAGAAGAUAUGGAUUGGAAACAUACAAGGAAUGUCGCCGUGGUUGCUUUCAGCUUUCAUGGUAACUUCAACUUUUUUUGGAUGAGGUUUUUGGAGCGACAAUUCCCUGGCAAUUCUGUAAGAAUGGUGCUACGAAAACUUCUUUUGGAUCAGACCACCGCAGCACCCCUAGCAACGAGCGUAUUCUAUACGGGUGUAAGUAUUCUAGAAGGAAAACAAGAUAUUUUCCAAGACUGGAGGGAGAAGUUCUUCAACACAUAUAGGACUGGCCUCAUGUACUGGCCAUUUGUGCAGUUCCUGAACUUCGCUCUGGUUCCACUCUACCUGCGCACUGCCUUCACCGGCUGUUGCGCGUUCGUUUGGGCCACUUUCCUGUGCUACUCGCAGCAGAGUGGUGACGGGACAGCCAUGUCUGCACUCGCCUGGUUACGAGGCCCAGCCCCUCCCACAGACGUAUCACCACCGAGUACAGGAGGCGACGAGUAACCAUGGAAACGCCACAAACAAAAAGUAAACCUCAGGGAGAUAGUAUGUGUGUGGAGGUGUGUGUGUUUGGGUGUGUGACCGAGAGAGUCCUCCCAAAAACUUUUUUCAUUAGCCUCACAGGUAAGCAUCAGACUGACUGACUGAUAGGCUGACUCAUUUGGUGCUACGAUACACAAAAAUAUGUUUGUAAGGUUGAUGUUUAUCAUGUUUGUAUGGUAGAUAUAUAUCAUGUUUGUAUGGUAGAUAUAUAUCAUGUUUGUAUGGUAGAUAUAUAUAUCUGGUGACUGUGGAGCACAGAAGCUCAUACUUGAACAUUCUGCAGCAGAAAAGUUGCAGGCUCUGUUGUUGUGAUGGCAUUGUGCACAUCAUUCAGACGUAGUAGAUGUGGUCUUCGUCUCUGUAACUUAGAGCACUAUUGUUUGCUCUUUAAAAACACAACUUUAGGCAUAAUUUUCAUAGUUAAUGAAGACUCUUUGUAUGCACACAAUCACUGUUGAGAUACAUUUAAUCUAGCCUGUUCUGUGCUCAUACUGAGGUUCAGGCUUAUAUGGGUAGGUAUAGUAUGAGGCCCAAUACAAAAAGGAGCUGUUUUAGUGUUUUAGUCUACACUACUUUCUCCUUUUUCAGUUAGCUUCCUUUUCUUUUCUUGUGCUCUAAAGAAACUCCAUUGAUCCUGGCUGCCACGUCCAGGGUUUCUUUGGGAUACUGGGUCUCUGAUCCCCACUGGAAUCAAUCAUUAGUUUAUACAUAAGUCAGUGAACUUUGAUUUGAGGCAAUCAUGAUGUGACUGAAGAUUUUGUUGGAGAAUCAGUUACGGCUAGUCUAAUCAAGCUAGCCAGAAAGCUGGGCGUUGGUAAAUGUUUGCACUGUAGGUAUAAGUGGGUAAAUUAAUGAUUAAUUGUAAUUUUAGCCAAGUAAUGACUUGACGUUUUACGGACAAUAGAUGAUAAGGAAUCUACCCCCUUUCUGCAUGAAAUAAUCUGCUUUAUAUUCACUUUGAUCUGAAUAGAGUUAGUGAUACCAGAGUAGAAAUGUUUUAAGUCUAUACACCAUACAUAUUUAAAGUCUGCGUAUCACAACCCUUCAGGUCCUUUCACAUGCUAAAACAUGUGUUUUCAGUGUCACUGUAGUAUGUUUUUGUUGAUAAUCAGUACUUCAUCCUUCCAGCUUGUGUAGACAUUUCUGACAGUUUCCAGCAUUGUCCAUUGGCUUGCUGCUUGCUGUUGCUGCUCAAUGUGUCCAUAGUGAAAAAUUACUGUAUGAACUUUAGUUCUCAAUGUAAAAACUUAAGACAAAGGGUCUGACAUGAAGUUGAACUUUUUAGAAAAUUCUAUUUGGUUAAAAAGAAUGUUUUAUGAAGAACUGGAAUGUCUGUUAUGUCACUUGGGGAAUUUGCACAGACAGCGGAUUUUAUGCACAUUGUGUAGAUGAAUGGUAAAACAUGUACGUAUGUAUCUCCAUGAAGUGAUCUCAAGUGGUCAAUUUCCAAGGGAUCCAUUUAUUAUUUUUUGUGCAAAACUCCUCUUAUAGAUACAGUAUAUUUUUCUGUAGAGUAUUUAUUCUGAAUAAUUCACUAAUGUAUUGAUCUAUUGAAGUUGUAAUUGCUGUGUACAUGUGUGGUACAGGGGUAUAUAAAUAAAAUAAUGAGAUAUGUUGUC